CACACUCUCGCUCAGCACAGAUUCAGAGGUAGAGAGCAAAACAUUCUCAGUGGGAAAAGGUGCAAAGGGGGAGACUGAAUUUCUUACUCAAGAAAUAGACACAAAGCAGAUAAAGAUGGAGAGGAUGCAGGGAGAGGGAGAGGUGGACCACCUGGAGCGACCAAGCCCACUGACUGACAAGGAGAGGGUGAUGAUCCAGGACUCCUGGGGAAAAGUGUACCAGAACUGUGAUGAUGCUGGGGUGGCCAUAUUAGUCAGGCUGUUUGUGAACUUCCCCUCCUCCAAGCAGUACUUCAGCCAGUUCAAGCACAUCGAGGACCAGGAGGAGCUGGAGAAGAGCCCCCAGCUCAGGAAACACGCUCGCAGAGUCAUGAAUGCCAUCAACACGGUGGUGGAGAGUCUGGAGAACUCGGAGAAGACGACCUCUGUGCUGCAGGUGGUUGGCAAGGCCCAUGCGCUCCGACACAAGGUGGAGCCUGUGUACUUUAAGAUUCUGAACGGCGUGAUUCUGGAAGUCCUGGCCGAGGCGUUUUCAGAAGUCAUGACUGCAGAGGUGGCGGCGGCAUGGACCAAACUCUUUGCUUCACUCUACUGCACUAUCACAGCUGUCUAUGAGGAACUAGGCUGGAAAAAGCAUUCAACCUCGACCGGCUAAAGCUUUUCAGCUUGGACCAGGCACAAAGGGACUGCUCUCAUUCUUGGGCUGUGGCUUCACAAGAUGGGGAAAAAAAAAAGUGACAUAUAAUCUGGGAAUUCAGUUUGGUGGAAUUUAUUAUAAUUGGGGGCUAAACUGUAUUAUAAACUAUAAUAGGCGCGAGCGUGUGUGUGUGAAUGCGUGCGUGCGUACAUGCGUGCGUGCGUGCGUGUGUGUGUCCUGAUUUUACUCUUUGUUGGGUUCUGGCCUAACCAACAAUUGCAGAAAUAUAGAACCUGAGAGUGUUUAUGUGCUUUAUAAGAGCGAACAAGGGUUUUCAGAGCAAACUUAUGACUAUGUUAAAGUUAGGAUUAGUGUCAGAGUUAGGAAUUUAUGUCAAGGUCAAGGUGAAGGGGCCAGGCCAUACAUUAUGUCAACGUCUGAGCCCCCACACACAUCUACAAAUAAUGUAGUGCAAACAUGUGGGUUCAUGAAUGAGUGCAAGAAAGGGAAAUUUAAAGCUGCUCUCCUUGUGUUGCUCUCUUGUAAAAUAUCAUGCAUAAACAAUUUGAAGGAGAGUGCAAAGAGAGAGGAAACGCAAACAGACCCGAGGUCACAUUUGACUUGGAUGUGCCUUCUAAUGAAUGUGUAUAUCUAGAUACUGAAAUGUAAACACUAUUCUUUGUAAACAUUAUGAUGCUUUUCUGAUGUUUUCUCCUAUCAUUACAUAGCCACCUGUGUCCACUUUAUUAGAAAAGCAUAAAUACUAAGACAUUUUUACAUUUUUAAUGAGUAAUUGUGACGAUUGUAGAUUUUUUUUCAUGAUAAAUCACAUUUAUAUCUGUAACAGACAAUACUUUAAAAUAAAUAUACAGAGAAAUGCC